UCGUGUUUCUUUCUCUUUCUUUUUUUCUUUUUCUCUUUCCCAAUUUUGUUUCUGCAUUUAUCGUUUUCUGACACAAUGAAAUUGUUUUCUUAAUCAACUUUACCAUCAAUUACCCUUUGAAUUUUAUGAUUGAUUUGGGUUUGUUGCAAAUUCUCCAUCUUUUUUAGUACUAUGAUUCCAGGGUUUUCUGCUAUUUUUUGAGCUUGAUUAGUGGAUAUGUCAUUGAUCGGUUGGAGGAUUUUUGUGUGGGGGAGAAAUGGGAUUGUAUCAAUUUCGUUUUUUUUUCUGUCGGUUUGAAUUAGAAAUGGAAAUAACGUCGUUUUUCAUUUUUGGGUAUUGAUAAUUCCCGAAGAAAAAUGCAAAAUUCGCAUGCGCCUUGAUUGCCACAAUUGAUUUAGUCGUUGCAAUUGCAAAUUUGAAAAAACAAAUAUACCUUUUUUUUUUCCUUUUGGUUGUGUAAGUCCCUUGCUCGGAAAUGAGUUGAGGGAUUGCCUUCACUGGGUUCAGGGUUUUCUAUUAUGUAACCUUUUUUUACUUGUUUUUGGUAGCAUAUUAACUGAUCACUUGUUCAUUCUUUCUCUUUUAGGGUAUCCUAUUUUUGGUAACCUUCACUUGAUCACUUUUUCUGCCUCUUUAGAAUUGAAACCUUUAGUUGGUAGCUUCACCCUUCAUCAAGAUUCAUGAGCAUAGAACCCCACCGUUCACCUACCAGACCACCACCGCUUGCAUCUUCCCAAUCUCUGCUCAGUAGUGAUUAAUUUGACUUCUAUGCAUGGAGGGAAGGGGGUUUGACUGUGUGUGUGACUUGUGUGUGGGAAUUUGGGAACUAGGGGAUUUGACUGUGUGUGUGCAUGAGUUGGGUGUGCCCAUGAAGGGUCAAGGGUUGGGGGAUUAUGGUGAAAGCUUCUUUCUUUCAAUGAUGUAUGGUCUAUAACAAUAUUUAGUCUCAAAUCUGUUCCGCUGUUCUGUUUUCUCUUCUUGCGUCUGUUUGUGCUAGUUAAAAAAUUGUGCCCCCUUGUCUUUUUUUAUUCACCAAGUUGGCUAUUGGUAGAUUUACCUUCCAAAGUUCAUUCCUUGAUGGAUAAUUUGGCGACAACUGAAAUAAUCAUGGCCAAAGCUGAAGGUGGCAAGGAACCAAUAAAUGAACAAGCAGUAGCAAAUAUGUAUGCUGCAAUGAGGUCUGAGCUCAACCAAAUUUACUCCAAAAUAACUGAACUGGAGAUGGAAGUUAGUGAGCACACAUUGGUUACCAAUGCCAUUCAACCACUUGACCAAUCUAGACGAUGCUAUCGUAUGAUUGGAGGGGUGCUUGUGGAGAGAACCAUCAAAGAGGUCUUGCCUGCUGUGCAGCGAAAUAAAGAAGGACUCGAAGAGGUUGUGGCAAGGCUUAACGAGGCGUUGGAAAAGAAGAAAAAGGAAAUUUCUGAGUUUGAGGCUAAUUAUAAAAUCAGGAUAAGGAAGGCUGAUGCUGAGGUGAAGGAUGAAUCUGGUAGGAAGGAAGGGUCUGCUCAAGGGGUUCUUGUGGGUCCUGCAGGUGGAAGUGAAUGAUUUGUCUAUUUUUAUUUUGUUUGCUCAAACUAGUGGCCUACAAUUGGGUGCAGGCAGUUUGAUGAUUUGUUUUAUAUGUAGACUAAGUGCGUGUCUGAAUUAGAUUCAUGUUCCGUCCAUAUAGAAGCAAGUAAAUGUAACUUCUGCAUCAUUUUGACGUGGUUUUGCUGCUUGAACGUGGAUCCAAGACGUGUUUCCAACCACGCUCAUUAGCAAGUAUACCUUGCUUGAUAUGACCUUAAGUUUAAUUGCAUUGGGCUGAAAAAACUUAUCUUCAUUGGUUUGUGUUUAUGUAGAUUUUUGUAUGCAAGAAUAGAGCAUAUAAUCGUGUGAUCAA